AUGUCAGGCUUACUAGGUGCUGGGUAUUACUCCAGCGAUGAUGAUACUAGUGUGCCCAAACCCUCGGUGACGACCGCAACCAAGGUCGUUGCUGCACCGGAAGUCAAUACAGAGGAUCAGGCACACAUGCAGAUGACUCUCGCCAAUACCACCUCCCAAGCCCUCACCUACAACGCCACCUACGAUGACCUGACACGACCUUCGCAAGGACCCGUAAACCCAUUCAAACCUGUCGGCGCAGGAAAUGGUAUUAAGCGCAAAAAUGUGCCAACCGGUUUUGCCGAGGAGGCUGCGAUCAGCGAGUCCACCUUUGCUGCGCAACAUCGCACGUUCCAGAGCUUGGGAUAUACCCGCAACCCGACUCGCCCAGAUCAGUUCGUGGGAAACAUGGACAAUGUCGCGCAAUACGGUGGCAAAGACGUCGUUCAGAUGAAAGUUAGCAAGGAUGCAUCUGCUGCGUGGCGCGCAAAGCGACAACGGAAGGGCGACUCGAGUAUUGUCGAAGGCGAAGGCGCGUACCUAGGACCGUGGGCGAAAUAUCAAAAUGAACAACAAUACGAGGAAAUCGAGGUCGGGUCGGGUGAGGAGCGCGAGCUGGCAAGUGAUGAGGAGUACGUGGAAGAAGGCGAUGAGGCUUCCGCCCCGACGGCACUCAUGCCGGCUAUGAGCAAAGAAGCUACCGACUAUGCGGGCGAUUAUUCCAAGGAGGAGACAACCGAGUUCCACGGCUCAGAGGAGGCCGAUUACCAGGGCCGUACGUAUAUGCAUGUUCCCCAGGACUUGGAUAUCGAUCUGCGCAAAGAGCCCGGCAGUGUCAAGAACUACCUGCCGAAGAAGCUUGUCCACACCUGGAAGUCGCACACCAAAGCCAUCACCUCGCUUCGCUUCUUCCCUGGCUCAGGACAUCUGCUCCUUUCUUCCGCCGCGGAUGGCAAGGCCAAGAUCUGGGAUGCAUACCACUCCCGCGAGCUCUUGCGUACUUUCUCAGGCCACUCGAAGGCUAUCUCAGACACAGACUUCCACCCUACGGGUAAGACCUUCCUUACCGGCUCUUACGACCGACAGAUCAAGCUGUGGGAUACGGAGUACGGUAAGUGUCUGGGCCGGUUCUCGACAGGCAAAACGCCGCACGUUGUACGCUUCAACCCGAACCCUGAACACUCGCACGAGUUCCUGGCUGGUAUGUCCGACAAGAAGAUUGUGCAAUUCGAUACCCGUUCUGGCGAGUUGGUUCAAGAAUAUGAUCACCAUUUGGCUGCUGUCAACACCAUCACUUUCGUCGACGAUAACCGUCGCUUCAUCUCCACCUCGGACGACAAGUCGCUUCGUGCGUGGGAAUACGGUAUUCCCGUGCCCAUCAAGUUCAUCGCAGAGCCCUACAUGUUUGCUCUUACUCGCGCUACGCCGCAUCCCAAUGGCAAAUACGUCGCUUUCCAAUCAGGCGAUAAUCAGAUUGUCGUCUACGGGGCAACCGACAAGUUCCGCCAGAACCGCAAGAAGAGUUUCCGUGGUCAUAAUAACGCCGGAUAUGGAAUUGAUAUCAAAAUUUCCCCUGAUGGUCAAUUCCUUGCUUCCGGUGAUAGCGGUGGCUAUGUUUGUUUCUGGGACUGGAAGACUGGGAAGAUGUAUCAUAAGAUUCUGGCUGGAGGGAAGGAGGGUGGUGCUAUUACCUGCUUGGACUGGCACCCGCAAGAAACCAGUAAGGUGGUUACUGGUGGUCUGGACGGCCUCAUUAAGUAUUGGGAUUAG